AUGAUGAUGAUGAACGCGCUGCCGCGGCGGCUCGCGACCACCGGAACCCGGAGAGGUCUGCAUGUGUCAGCGCCCGCGGCGACCUUUGACCUGAGGAAGGUUGAACUGACGCCUCUGGAGCAGCGAAAACUGACCUUCGACUCCCACGCCAUGGUGACGGAGCUGGAGAGCAGUGGUUUUGGGAAGCAGCAUCAGGCUGAGUGUUUUUGUUGAGUUGUUUUUUCAGCUCUGGUUACCUUGACGACAGCAAACAUGGACAUCGUCUACAGAGACAUGGUGACCAAAUCACACCAGGAGAUCGCGCUGCAGCAGAUCAUGUCUCACCUGGACUCCAUCAGGAAGGACAUGGUGAUCCUGGAGAAGAGCGACUUCGCCAACCUGCGAUCAGAAAACACUAAAAUGAAGCGAGAGUUGGAGCAGCUGCAGAACAGACUGAAGGAGGAAAGUCAGAAACUCCGAGCGGAAACUAAACUGGACAUCAACCUGCAGAGCAGCAGGAUCUCUGACAUGUUUUCAGAGCAGGAGAAGAAGCUCCUGGGCGGCUCGGAGUUUCAUCACAAGAAAGCCGACCUCGAACACGACAACAUGGAGAUCAACAAGAAGAUCGACCUGCAGGUGGCGUCGCUCAAAACCGUCCUGGAGUCGCUCAAACUGGAGACGGUCCGCUACCUGGCAGCGUCGGUGUUCUCCUGCCUCGCCAUCGCUCUGGGAGUUUACAGGCUGUGGAGGUGAACCGACGUCCUCCUACGCCACACAAAGUAGUUCCAGUUAAACACUGAGUGGACUGGUGGAAACUUUGUUCUCAUGCUGUACAACAGAAUAAAAAUACUCUCAGACAA